AUGGAACCUGAAACUCUGCAAUGGCUUGGAUGGCCGUAUGUCAGCCGCUUAUACGACCGUAUCAAGUCUACCGACACGCUGACUUUUCGUACGUGGAGCCUCUUUCGGAAAGCGUUUCCAAAAGACAUUGAUCGCCACUCUACAUUCCGUGUGCUUGACUGGGAAUCCGAAAAUCUCUUGCCCUCUGUCAUUGAUCGCUUGGUCAAACUCGACCUUGGCAUGUUGACUUUCCUCUGCAUCCAGACCUUCAACUUGACGAUCGAUCAACUUAUUGCCCUUGCUAAGAUCAAUACGCUUGCAGUACUCGCACUGGAGGUUGGGAGAGACUCACUUGCAUUUUGGGAUGGGACAAUGUCCAUCCACACGAUACGCAAUUGGGGACGGAGUGUUAGCGAAAGUGGUGCUUUCAAAGAACUACGAGUACUUGUCGUUGACGGCUGCAAUUCCCUCCCACGAAGAUCAGUCUUAAAGAGCAUUUCCUCUUUUCCUAGCUUAAAUCUCGCUGGGAUCUUUGGCUCAGACGAUCCUCCUAAGGCAGAAGAUUGUUGGGAAGAUUGGCACUUGCGUUUUCCACCAAACGGUCGUGACGAAACCUUACAGCAUAGCGUGUGGGGAACUUCUGAUACCUCGAGAGCAUUCGACAUGCGACGUUUGUAUGAUAUCUCCCUGGAGAUAUCCAAAAACGUUCCUACUGGCGACAGGACAUACCAGUCCUUGUCCAUGCAAUAUACUCAGCAUAAUAAAACAGGGCUGGCUGGAGAGCCCGCAUGGUUCAUCCGGGAGCUGAAAGACCAACCUGUUCGACCCAUGAAGCGUGUCCAGGAAGACAAGUCUCGGCUUGAUGGUAAGAGAAGGAAGGUACGCGACGACAAGAAGGUCGAUAUGGGUUCACUUUUGGGAAGCUUUACUUAA